UGGUGACAUAAUUAAAAUUAGAAACCAUUUUUCAAAAGCCACAUAUCCGCCAAGCAUUCUUAAACUAAAACAGCUUUUUUUUCUCGAAGAGAAAAUGAAUGAAUAAAUAAUAUUCGCAACCUGACUGUGUCCGAGCAGUGUAACAAUCGCAAUGCCUGGCAAUCGCUAGAGCCCCAAAACGAAAACAACUAAAGUCACGCUGCCGUUAUUUCCUUUACAUAUUUAGGGGCAGCAUCAUAAAUCUUUCACACACGCAUUCCUGUCCUCCACAUAUUUGUGGCCCUAUCUCAACUAGGUCUUUUUCUAAUGGGACAUACUCGCCCUCUAGCUUCAGAUUUGACCAAUUACACAUGCGCUUGAAGGAUUGCGGAACUGAUUUGUUUUGACAAGGUUUGAGGGUCUAGUGAGGGCGUGCUGCAUCUCACCUGUAAGUGCACCUGUCGGUUCAUGGUUCAAUUCCAACAUAACCAGGAAGAUUUGAGUCGCAUGACGCUGACGUCAUGUGCGGAAUGCGGACUACAAAUACAUUGUCAGAAAUAAUUGACCUGAAAACAAUUCGAGAGACACAGACCUGCUCAAAAUGAUCCGUUCUCUCUGCUGCUGCUUCUUCUCCGACGAUAGCUCAAGCAACGAGAGGCAGCCUCUCCUGAACUCCAGACCAUCUGAAGUGAAUGGAGCUGAAUCAGCCAGACAGGCCCGAGCAGCGCACAAGGAUGCACAGACUGUGAAACGGAUUGGGAGGUUGGUGAUGAGGCGGGUUGGUGUGCAAGAGUUAGAUCGGAGGUUUUCUGACAUGGCUGAGACCUUCAACGAGCAGCAAGAAUGCUACGAGGCCAUGGUCCAGCACAUCAGAAACCUACAACAGACCUGGGGAUGUACCCGCGACGAUUCUCUGGCUCUAGCUGAAUGUGUGGACAAGAUGAGAAAGGAGCAGGAGGGCUCCUUUAUCGUCUAUCUCAAGAUGAAGGGCUACGACUUCUCCCUCAGCGUGGAUCCUGUGAGGUCAAGCGAGGGCAAAGCGCCGCCUCCUGCUCUGAGGUUGGCUCAGAAUGAAUUGAAAGGCGCUUCUGAGAGCGCCAAGGCCACCAUCUCAAAGAGCACCACAUUACUGGAGCUUAUUGGCUGGCUGCUCCGUUGCCAGGAUCAGAUGGCAGAGCAACUGAAUGAGGCAGCACCAACAUACCAAGAGCGAGGAAGGCUGAAGGAGAAUCUGGAGGAGAACAUGAGGGAAGUGAGGAGGGCGAAGGAGUUGUCGCAGGGAUACAGACAGCAGGCCGGGGACAUUCUCACAGAGGCUGCACAAAUAGCCGGGGCCCAUAUCUAGUUCAUGUACCUUUUAUUUGAAUUGAGGUUUCAAAUAAUUAAAUAGAUUAUACAUGCCUUUUGACCAGAAUGGGUGACAAAGGCUGUCUCUCAAAGGCUGUCUAUGCUGCUCUCAUUCAUGGUAAACAUGUCAGACCUGAGCCACAAACUAGUUAAUGAACAUGUACAAUGCUGUCAAAUAAACCUCUGCAUAAUCAGUUUUCUGAUAACUGCAACAAUAGCAUCAGGACUGUAACAAAUGAGCAGAUUAUAUGAUAAUGUGCUAUUAUAUCAUGAUUGUUAUUAGACUCACUCUCCAUUUAAACAUUGUUUUAAAUAUGGGUGUUUAGAAUAAGAAUUUAGUUUUCGUGAACAUGUGUAAUUUUAACAGAUAACGCAAGGAGGCACUGCAGACUCACUUUAUAUUUUAAAAUGGUUUUCAUUUCAUAUUCCUCGCACUCAGUUAUGUCUCUCAUAAAUUGCAGUGCACUACAUAUACGACGCUGUAUAUCAAUAUUCACGCAGUCCCACUAUCAAAAUAACAAACUAUUUUCUUUCAUGAUUUUUAUGCCUUUACCAGAAUAGGUUAUUUCAUUCUUUCCAGUCAAGUAUUUGUUUUUUUGCUGUAUCGAAUACAGGAUCAGGAUUUUUCAGGUUUGUUAGCAUUUCUUCUCCAUUGCCAAAGAAAACAGUACACAUUGUCAAGCAGUGAAAACUAAACCAGAGCCUUGCCGUGAAUGUGCACGUGAUGUUUUACUUAACCGACACUCAGUCCGAGCAGAUUUGCAGCUUGGUAUGAUCAACAGAACCCUCAAUGCAUUUAUUAACUGAUUAAAAACUGCUGCUUUCCCACUACUAUUAAUGUGCGAGCAAACAAACACAUGGUAACAUGCCAUCUCGAUAAUUAAUUUUGGAAAAUCCAUUGUUCCAGGCGUCAUGUGUUAGAGCCCGAGAGUUUUAGAGAAGCGGUUUAGCUUUUGGCUUUACAGAUUAAUUUGUAAUAAAGCAUGCAAGUGGAUUGGUAAAAGUUUGACAUUUAUUUCAAGAAAGUUUUCUUAAAGGUGUUUUUUUUUUUAACUAAAUCUCACGUUAAUGAGACAAAAUGAUGAAAAAAAAUGUAAGUGGCUA